CACUCUGCUUUCAGAGCAGCAGAUGGCAGCACGCACCUUAGUAGAAGAAGAAACUUAUGAGGAAGUAGGGAAGACGGUCCCACGGUAGUGACGUCAGUGAACCUAUGUCAAAUAUGGAGAGCCCGGAGUUAACUUUUACUUUGGCUUACAUGGUGUUUUGCCUCUGUUUUGUGUUUACGCCGAACGAGUUCCGUUCGGCCGGUUUAACAAUCCAGAAUCUGUUCUCAUCCUGGCUGGGAAGUGAGGAUGUGGGCUUCACCCAGUACCACGUCAGGAGGACCAGCAUUACCGUCCUGGUCCACUCCGCACUGCCUUUAGGUAAACGCUAACAUCCAGACAGAUAAGGACAGGGAUAUAACUAAGUUACUACAUGGGGAUGUGUAUCGCUGCUCCAGAAAAAAACCUGGGAUACAUUCACCAGGUGAGUGACAGCUGGAGAGUAUUUCUCCUCCUCUCGCUCUGCCUCCAGUUGGCCAGCUGGACACUCGUCAUCUACUGGUCCCGCUUCCGCUGGCAUAACCAUCCAAUCAGCCGAACCCUGCAGGCCCACGCACAGCCUCCUCACUCCAACUGGGGCUCUUUGGCAACUAGCAUCAACAAUGAGUUCAGACGCAUAGAUAAGUUUGCUACAGGGGCCCCUGGAGCCAGAGUUAUUGUGACAGACACCUGGGUGUUAAAGGUGACAACCUAUCACGUCUACAUGGCCUUACAGAGUGAAUGUCAUGUGACAGUGACAGAGUCUAGACAGCACCAGCUGAGUCCAGACUCUGCCUCCCCCACACAAAUCUUGACCCUGAGAGUGGACAGCGUCAACCCUGCUGUCAGACCCUUUGAUAUCAGGCUCAACUCUACGGAGUAUGCAGAGUUCAGGGAGAAGCUACACGCUCCCAUCAGAAACUCUGCCAAUGUAGUGAUCCACCAAACGAUCAGUGAACUCUUCCUGGAAACAUUCAGAGCUCAGGUGGACCUCAAUCAGCGGUACACACUCCCCAGUGGACAGGAGAUAGAGCCUUGCAUCGGCUGUAUGCAGGUUCCAGCAAGCAUCAAGCUGGUUAGACUCUGCCAUGUAGAAGACCCAUGUGGUGUCUGUCCUGUCUGGGUCGAUGGUUCGCCAGCCGCCAAGACCAGCAAAGACCUGAGACCUGGUUGUCCAGCAGAGUACCUUGCCCCACCUGUAGAGCCAAAUUCUGUAUACUGGACAUCUGUGUGGUCCGCUGACAUGACCGACAUACAGACCCAACUGACUUUUUCUUCUGGAAAUAAUGUGGACGUUUGUUUUUAAGCAAGAUUCAGCAACAAACCUCUGGAGGAGAAGGAGUGGACAGUACAUUGGUCUAAGUUAUGCACCUGCCCAUUCUGUGCUUUCAGCAGGGUGUUACAAUUUAGGGGAAUUUGAUUAAACACUCUGAAAAACAUUGGCUUUUACCUCAACAAGUGGUAUGAUCAGUGGGGAAUGUUUGUUUGUUUCACCCACAGUGAGAUAUGAGUGAUGAUGCGUUUCCCUGAUCUCUGUGCAGUCAGUAAGGAGACGUUCAGAAUGUGUUUAAGUCAGCAUGAAGACUGAAUGCAGGAGAGAAUCAAAGGGAAACAAAUGCCUUUCAUCAAUUGUAUGGCCGGGGCAUGUACCGCUGUACACUGUGUGCAAAAUUAUUAGGCAAGUUGUAUUUUUGAGGAUUAAUUUUAUUAUUGAACAAAUACCGUGCUCUCAGUCAAUCCAAAAUGUUAAUAAACCCUCAAUCCUGAAUAUUUAAGAAA